AUGACCACACCAUCAUUGCCCGCGAAGUGGACACCCACGAGGCCAGGCUGCUACCGGGCAGACGACUUCUGGAUCUGGGAGUAUAACUCGAAGGCCCUAGAUGCGCGAACUGUCCUGAGAGGUCCGACACAGACGAGUGACUGCCUCCCGUCCACGUGGGAUGCGAGCGUCACGUAUGCAGGCACGGCGUGUCCCGCCGAUUACACCUCGGCGUGUCAAGACGCAGACUCGGGUGCGGUGACCUGCUGUCCUACUGCCUACGAUUACAGCUGCCAGCCGCCGACGUGGACCCCAGGAGUCCACGCGGAGGACUUCCGAUGCGUGUCGCAAUUCGGCACCCCGGGGACGAUAACGGUCACGCAGACAGACUUCGCCGUCAACACGCUUGCGGUGCAGAUGAGAAACAUAAACACGAAGCUACACUUGUACGCGUUGGCCGUCAUGUACGCGGAGCCUACUUCGACAACGACGACGAUGACGACGACGCCACCAAGCGACGAGACUUCCACAUCCAUGCCUACAUCCACGACCUCGCCGGCAGCUAGUGGGAACAAGUCAGGCCUUUCCUCGGGCCAAGCCGCAGGCCUCGGUGUCGGGGCGGCGAUCGCUGCGGUGCUCUUGGGGGUUCUGGUGUGGUUCAUAUAUCGUCGAAGGAAAGCCUCCAAAGCAUCGGUGGUUCACGAAACGCUGGGGGCCACCAUGUCUUCCAGCCAGCCUCCGAAAAGCGCGCCUGUAACAACUUGGGCUCCAGGCGAGCUCACUGCUGUAACCCCGCCGACCGAGAUGCCUCAUGACCAGUCCGCACCCCUAUAUGAGCUGGAUAACAAUAAUGGGGUGGUCUGGCUGGACAGGACGGAGAACGGUAGGCGGAUCGGGCGCGGUUGA